AUGGACAAACACACGAACACCUUCUCAGAAGAAGGAAGAAUUCAUCAAGUAGAAUAUGCUAUAAAGAGUAUAUCUUCAGCUGGUCCUGCUAUUGGCAUAAAAUGCAUUGAUGGAGUAGUUUUAUUAGGGAAAACCACAGAUGAUGACCUUUCUUUAACACAAGAUGAGAAAAUCUACCAGAUAAACGAUAAUACAGUUGCAAUAGUCAGUGGGUUAUACGCAGACAGUAAUCUUCUAGUGAAUUAUGCCCGUGUUGUAGCCCAGGAAUAUCUCAUGAAAUACGACGUAGAUAUGAGUCCAAGACAAAUAGCCAUGGCUCUAUGUAAGAUUAAGCAGAAAUAUACUCAGGGUGGUGGAAUGAGACCAUUUGGUGUCUCAUUUUUAUUUGCAGGGUGGAAUGAAAAGGGUGAAUAUGGCUUAUAUUCAACUGAUCCCAGUGGAACACUCUUUGACUACACUGCUUGUGCCUUUGGGGAAGGUGACAAGUUAAUACUACCUGUCUUAAAUGAACAUAAAGAAGAGUCUUCUAUAAGUGAAGGAAUUCAACUGGCAUUUAAGGGAAUUGCAACUGUAGCAGAAGGAAGGAAGGUUCUACCCCAUACGAUUACUUGUGCUGUUGUCACAAAAGUAAAUGGAAAGAACACAAUUAAACUGAUUUCUCAGAAGGAUAUUACAGAAUGCUUAGAUAACACAAGAGAAGUACCUAAGUAG